UGUGUGUGUGUGUGUGUGUGUGUGUGUUUUUUUUCACCUACGUAUGUGAUUAUUAUUUUUUUCUAUGCAAGAGAAAGUAAGAGGCGUUGUUCCCACAGAGGAAGCAUUGUCGGUCAAUUGAAUGAAUAAAAUGAGGUCAGUAGUGCUACAGGAAGGUCAGUGGAAUUUUCUGCAAGUAUAUAACACAAGUGGAAGGCUCAGGACAGAAUAGAACUCAACGAAGAAAGUAACAGUGUACUUCACAACACGUCAAUUAGUGGUAUUCCUUGAGCUCCCCCUGUACUCCUAACAACUCAAGAUGAAGAACUUCCUACUCGCCCUCGUUAUGGUGGUGGCAUUGAGCCUUGCUACUGCCAGGAUUAAUAUACAUUGCCCAUCUGAAGUGAACGUGCGGUGCCCUUCUUUGGGAAACGACGCAGUGCAUCUGCCUCACCCCCACGACUGUUCGAAGUACUGCGUGUGUGUGGCUAAAGGAUUGGCCUACGAACUUUCAUGCCCCCCGACACUGUUGUGGGAUGACACAGUACUUACGUGUAACUGGCCCGAUAAUGUGGAUUGUGGGACUCGCCCUGUGCAGCACUUCUAGACAUUCAUUCAAGUAGAAAAGUAGAGACGACGACGAAUUUAAUUCAUUUAAUGCUUGUUAUGGGCACCUGGUGAAGGGUUGUUUUGGUCCAUUUCUGUACUUGUAGUUUGUAAUAAAUGUUAUGCUAUUA